UUGCCCUGGCACGGACUUCCUUAUUUGGCAGGACAUAUUAUUUGCUCGAAGCAGAAAUUCUGCAAGAGUCGAGUCCCAUUCGUGGUUAAACGUUUUGUUGAUUGUGUUGUUUUUUUAUUAUUUGCCGAAAUCAGUCACAGCUCUGUUAUGGAGAACCCAGCAGAAGACACCCAGUGGAAUGAUGUUCUUCGUCAAAAAGGGAUUAUACCACCUAAGCCGAAGGAAGCUGAAAUAACUGAGGAACAGAUUGAGAAUAUGGUUGAAAAUGUUGUGAAAACUUAUACAUCUAAAGAACAAAAACCAGAAGAGCUAGAUCUCGAUGAUCUAGAUAGUCUUGAAGAUGAAUUAGAGGAAAAAGUUUUUCUUGAAUAUCGGCAGAAGAGAAUUGCAGAGAUGAAAGCAUCAAUAAAGUCUAAUAAAUUUGGAGAGGUGUUAGAAAUAACUGGCAAGGACUAUGUGCAAGAGGUAAACAAAGCAGGUGAAGGGAUUUGGGUUAUUUUGCAUCUGUACAAACAAGGGAUUCCACUUUCUUCCCUGAUAAAUGAACAUUUUCGAAAUUUAGCCCAUAAGUUUCCAAUGGUGAAGUUUGUGAAAAGCCUGGCAGGAUUAUGUAUAGCUAAUUAUCCAGAUCAAAAUUUGCCAACAAUAUUUGUUUAUCAUAAUGGAGAUCUUAAACAUCAAUUUAUUGGAGCCAGUUGCUUUGCCUCAGGAAUCAAACAAGAUGAACUAGAAUGGAUGCUUUCUGAAACCGGAGCUUUCAAAACAAAAAUUGAAAAGGAUCCCCGACCAAAAAUCCGUGAUGCACUCUUCUCACAGUUAAAUGGUGGCAAUACUCAAUCAAUUGAUCGUCGAGAUUAUGACGAUGACUCAGAAUGAGAGAAGGCCGACUACAACAACGCACCUAGCCAGAUCGUCGCUGAAGUUGAUUCCCUCACUUAGCUUUCCACCUGUUACCAACAACAAAUCACAAUCGUUACUUUUUUAUCUUGCCAGCAAGUGAAAGCCUUCAUUGUGCCUUUACAACUGAAAAAUAUUACCCACAACACAGAGCAGCAUAGCUCCAUUCUUCCCGCAUUUGCUAGAUGAAUUAGGGAAUUGUCUAAUGGAUCGAGCGUAUUCCGCCAAUACAUGUUCAACCUCCUUUGCUUC